UUGAUCAGUGGAGAAAAUAAACAAUCCUGACAAUACGGACAGUUUCCCGAUUUUUAAAACAGCAUUAACUGGAUUUGAUCAUGAAUGAAAAUGAUCAUAAUAAGAUAUUUAUCACGAUAAAUAAUAUCCGAUAAAUGCCCGGCCCUAUCCAUUCUCAUUUCAGCUGCAGUAAAAUGUGAAUAAAUAAUGUUUUUGUUUUUCUAAAUGCGACGAACCCAAGGUUAUCCUCAGACCCCCACCUUCCUCUCAUCAGUUAGACUCCUCUUCCUCGUCGGAUGUUUAGUUAUCAGCCGGAACAGAGAAAGCGGCGCGGCCUUCCAGGCUCGGCGGCGCCGUCCGAUGGGGAGGCUGCUGGAUGCUGCAGCCCAAUCAGAGCUCAGAUUGAGAUCAUCCCCUGUAAGAUCUGUGGAGAUAAAUCCUCAGGGAUCCACUACGGCGUCAUCACCUGCGAGGGCUGCAAGGGUUUCUUCAGGCGGAGUCAGCAGAGCAACGCCUCGUACUCGUGUCCACGGCAGAAAAACUGUCAGAUCGACCGAACGAGCCGGAACCGGUGCCAGCACUGCCGCCUGCAGAAAUGCCUGGCUGCCGGCAUGUCCAGAGACGCCGUGAAGUUCGGCCGCAUGUCGAAGAAGCAGCGGGACAGUUUGUACGCCGAGGUCCAGAAGCACCGGCUCCAGCAGCAGCAGCAGGCGCCCAGCCGGUCCUCCCCCAGCGUCGGCAGCCCCAGCCCGGACGAGGCUGAGUCGCCGUCUCCCCCGUACACGCUGUGCUCCGCGGGCCUCACGGACCCAGCAGACGACCCGGCCUGCUACGCGGACCGGACCUCACCAGACGGAGGAUCUCUGACUUCCAAGGCGGAGUCGGGAGCAGGAGACGCAGGAUGUGGAGGUUUCUACCUGGACAUCCAGCCGUCUCCGGACCAGUCCGGACUCGACAUCAACGGAAUCAAACCGGAGCCGCUGUACGACUACGGACACGGCGACGACUUCUUCCCUUACUGCUCCUUCAGCAACGGAGAUGCUUCUCCAACCCUGACCUUGGCCGAACACGGAGAGUCCACCGAACACGAUCACUUGGCCCAAAUCAUCUGCAAGUCUCACCUGGAGACGUGUCAGUACCUGAGGGAGGAGCUGCAGGAAAUGAGCUGGCAGAGUUUCCUGCAGGAAGAGGUGGAGAAGUAUCAGAACAAGCCACAGGAGGCGAUGUGGCAGCUUUGUGCGGUGAAGAUCACAGACGCCGUCCAGUACGUGGUGGAGUUCGCCAAGCGCAUCGACGGCUUCAUGGAUCUCUGCCAGAACGACCAGAUCGUGCUGCUGAAAGCCGGAUCUUUAGAGGUCAUCUUCGUACGAAUGUGUCGGGUUUUUGACUCUCAGAACAACGCCGUCUUCUUCGAUGGGAAAUUUGCAAGUCCUGACGUUUUCAAAUCAUUAGGCUGCGACGAUUUGAUCUCGUCGGUGUUUGACUUCGCUCAGAGCAUGUGUUCGCUGCAGCUGACCGAGGAAGAGAUCGCCCUCUUCUCCGCGUUCGUUCUGCUCUCUGCAGACCGGUCGUGGCUGCGGGAGAAGCUGCAGGUGGAGAAGCUGCAGCGGAAAACCGAGUCGGCCCUGCAGCACGUCCUGCAGAAGAACCGCAGAGACGACGGAGUUCUGGAGAAGCUGCGGUGCAAGACGUCGGCGCUGCGCGCGCUCUGCGGCCUCCACUCGGAGAAGCUGGCGGCGUUCAGAACCGUCUACCCGGACGCGGUCCGGACGCUCUUCCCUCCGCUCUACAAGGAGCUGUUUGCUGCCGACCUGGACGGGACUCUGCACCGGGCGCCAGAACCGGUCCGGUCCCAGCAGGACUAAUCCGCGCGCCGUGGAGUCCGAUUUUAUGGUUGCACUACUGCACUGAUCCGGGAGCAGCAGCACACCCUGGAGGUUCUGGUGCUGGAAACAUGUGGACUACUGCAGGACUGCUGACUCAGCAAUACACGUCCGAGCUACUGAUUCAAUCCUGAAACUUGAGGCUUUUAUACUGAAAAACCAGUUUCUUGUACAGAUUGUUGAGCGGUUUUAGUUUCUUUCUCACUCCAUAUCGAAGUUCAGCUGGAGGAGCUUCAUUUCUCUUUUUUUUUUGAGUUUCAAAUCACUUUUGAUGCAAAUCCAGGCAAAAAUAAAUCCCAGAAACGA